AUGGAGAAAGAUGCUGUGAACCGCAGGGCCACCGGAGACGAUCAACACAAGCUCGUCAGCCGUAUAAGAGCUUGGCGUACGUUGACUACUGCGGAUCCAUUACCGCAGCAGGUUAUUGUCGAAGACAGUCCGGAUCGGUUGAGCUCGGCCAGUUCAGCAGGUCGUACGGAAAGUUCUGUAGACACUGAUGCAUCAAGAGACCUGUCGAAAGACGCCAACAAGAAGCUGAAGUCAGACUCGGGGCCCAACCCUGAAUCGAGAGCCAGAGAAGACGAUGGCCCAGAAGUCAAUCUUUGGAAGCCCUCGGAUGGUAUCAAGUUCUCGCGACCACCGGAAAAGGUACCAGAUGCGAACGAUAACAAAGACACAGUCAAGCCCAAUCCCCCUGUCAGAGUUUCGCCACGCGGAGGCAAGAAGUCGAUUGCUUAUUUCUUCAAAGCACGGCCGAAAACGUCCAAAUCAGCUGUCGGUCCUGGGAAGGCGGCCGAUACUUCGAUUGCUGGUGAAGCAACGUCUGGAGAGAAGAGGAAAAGUAGCUCCGAAGGGUCGCCUUCCAGUAAGAAACGGAGAAGGUCUGAGAGGCCGACUGCACCAGACUGA